AACAUCACUGCGGUUAUAAAAAGAAUAUAAUCAUAAGCCUGUACCGCAUUCAACAUUAUAAGAGUUAUUUGGGUCAGCAAGAUGUUUGAAAUAAAGGGAAAAGUGGCUUUAGUGACAGGCGGAGCUUCUGGUAUUGGUCUUGAUAUAGUCAAACGAUUGUUGGGAGAAGGUGCAAAAGGAGUUUCAAUCGCUGAUAUCAACCAGGAAAUUGGAAAAAAAGUUUGCAAUGAACUACAGAAAAAAUUCGGCAGCAAUAAAGUUAUAUUCGUGAAAACUGAUGUGUCCGACAAGAAAUCUUUCGAAGAUGCUUUCCAAACCACUGUGGAAUAUUUCAAGAAUAUUGAUAUUCUUGUUAAUAAUGCUGGAAUAUUCAAUGAUGUUAAUUACGACAAAGAAAUUGAUGUCAAUUUUAAAGGAGUCGCUCAUGGGAUCACUCUCGGUAUUCAGAAAUUCAUCCCUCAAUAUAAAUCGGGAUCUGAAGGAGUUAUAAUGAAUACUGCUUCGUCAACAGGUACAACAAUUUACCCAGGUGCGCCCAUUUAUGGUGCUACAAAAAGUGCAGUUGUAAGUUUAACAAUGGCAUUUGGUGAUGAAGUUCAUUACAACAGAACCAAGGUGAGAGUUGUGGCUGUUGCUCCCGGUUUAACCACAACAAAUAUUUUUCCGAACGCUGGAUUGAUGUCUGUUUGUCUAAAUGAAGAUUUUGGUCAAAUAUUCAAGGAACAAAUCGAUUCAUACAAAGAACAACCGGCUGAAAUUGUUGGAAAAAAUGUCAUGAAGAUAAUUAAGGAGAAACCAUCAGGAACUGUUUGGAUAUCUGAAGAUGGAGAAGAUAUUUUCGAAUAUAUUCCAUCAAGACCUACAUAUAAACCAUGAGGUUAAAAAAAUCUCAUUCUUGUUAUCUAUUCUGUAUCUAUGAAUUAAUUGAAUAUUUUGUUGAGCCUU